AUGGAGAGCCGAAAGGACAUGGUUAUGUUUCUGGAAGGGGGUCAACUUGGCACUCUGGUUGGCAAGAGGGUCUCCAAUUUGUCCGAAGCCGUGGGCAGCCCGCUGCCCGAGCCGCCCGAGAAGAUGGUGCCCCGUAGUUGCCUGAGCCCGCGGGCUGGUCCUCCGGCCGCCCGAGAGCGCGGCGGGGGAGGCCUGGAGGAGGAGCCGGUCGACGGACUAGCAGGCAGUGCUGCAGGGCCGGGCGCCGAGCCGCGGGCAGCCGGGGCCGCGGUGCUCGGCCCCGGACCUCCGGCCCCCUCCGUAGACAGCCUCUCGGGUCAGGGGCAACCCAGCAGCUCGGACACCGAGUCGGAUUUCUAUGAAGAAAUCGAGGUGAGCUGCACCCCGGACUGCGCCACGGGGAACGCCGAGUACCAGCACAGCAAAGGGCCCAGCUCUGAAGCACUGGCCAGCAGUCCCAGUGGAGGCAGUGAGGCCCCCAAGAGCAACAGCGGUGGCAGCUCGCAGGGCACGCUGGCCUGCAGUGCCAGUGACCAGAUGCGCCGUUACCGUACUGCCUUCACCCGGGAGCAGAUUGCACGGCUGGAGAAGGAAUUCUACAGGGAGAACUAUGUAUCCAGGCCCCGGAGAUGUGAGCUGGCGGCUGCCCUAAACCUGCCGGAAACUACUAUCAAGGUGUGGUUCCAGAACCGGCGCAUGAAGGACAAGAGGCAGCGUCUGGCCAUGACAUGGCCGCACCCGGCCGACCCCGCCUUCUACACUUACAUGAUGAGCCACGCGGCGGCCGCGGGCGGCCUGCCCUAUCCCUUCCCGUCGCACCUGCCCCUGCCCUACUACUCGCCCGUGGGCCUGGGCGCCGCGCCCGCCGCGUCCGCUGCCGCCUCGCCCUUCAGCGGCCCGCUGCGCCCGCUAGACACCUUCCGCGUACUCUCGCAGCCCUACCCGCGGCCCGAACUGCUGUGCGCCUUCCGCCAUCCGCCGCUCUACCCGGGCCCGGCGCACGGACUGGGCACCUCGGCAGGCGGCCCCUGCUCCUGCCUCGCCUGCCACAGCGGCGCGGCCAACGGGCUGGCGCCCCGCACCGCCGCCGCCUCGGACUUCACCUGUGCCUCCACCUCCCGCUCGGACUCCUUCCUCACCUUCGCGCCCUCCGUUCUCAGCAAGGCCUCCACUGUCGCGCUGGACCAGCGGGAGGAGGUGCCCCUCACCAGAUAA